UUGGAGGACUGCAAAACGGGACGGCGACUUCCUUUCUUUCCCCCCUUCCCGACUUCCUCUCCCCCCAGCAAUUCCUGCCUAUUCAAUUGGUGGAGCAAAGCUGGGGAUCACUGGGGAAAUCUGCAGUUGCAGCAGAUCUUGCAGCUCAAAAGUCAUUAUUUUUGCUGCACCUUUCCAGCAAGGUGAGGCUGUGGAUCAGUGGCGCAGCAUAAAACUUUCGAUGCAGACCACGUCAGUGCUUGGCAUCUCCAGUUAAAAGGAUCAGGCAUUGGCAGACAAAUGAGCGAAAUCGAGGAAGUUGCUGAACCAAAAGGCCCCGAGCACAUGGAACAAUAUGAGUCAUUACUAGCAAACGCUGAAGACAUUGCCGGAUUCCAUGAAGUGGAACGAAUCUGUGAGAUUCAAUGCCAAACAGAUGAUCCAGCAGGGAUCAUCCCGGAUUUACAGGUGGGUGGUGGCUCUGUGGAAGGGACUUCCUAUAUAUGCUCUGACUGUGGAAAAAGUUUCUACAGUAUCUCUAGCCUCAUCAGCCACCAGAAAAGGAAUCACUCGGGAGAAAAGCCGUACAAAUGUCCGGACUGCGGGAGGAGCUUUCACCAGAGUUCGGAUCUUGUUAAACAUGAAAGGAUCCACACGGGAGAGAAACCAUACCAGUGCUCUGUGUGUGAAAAGCGGUUCAACCAACGCUCCUAUCUUAUAGUUCAUGAACGUUUCCAUACGGCAGAAAAGCCAUACAAAUGCUUCUUGUGUGGGAAGAGCUUCUGUUCCAACGCACAUCUCAUGACUCAUCAAAGAACCCAUACUGGCGAGAGACCUUACCAAUGCCCCGAUUGCGGCAAAAGGUUCACAACCAGUUCAAACUUUGUCAAUCAUAAGAAGACUCAUACAGAGGAAAAACCAUACAAUUGCUCCCUUUGUGAGAAAAGUUUCAAGCGAAGCUCGAACCUGAUCCAACAUGAGAGAACCCACACAGGCGAGAAACCCUAUACUUGCCUCACCUGUGGGGAAAGCUUUACUUCGAACUCAGGCCUUGUGAAACAUCAGAGAAGCCACACAGGGGAGAGACCGUACACAUGCUCUUACUGCGGCAAAAGCUUCAGUCAGAGCAUGAUUCUCACACAACACAAGAGGACUCACACUGGGGAGAAACCCUGCAAGUGUCCGGCUUGUGGGAAGAGCUUCCGUUCCAGCUCGGACCUGGUCAAACACAAAAGGAUCCACACAGGGGAGAAGCCGUACAAAUGCUCACUGUGCGGCAAAAGCUUCACGACCAGUUCGGAUGUGGUGAAGCACGAAAGGACCCACACGGGCGAGAAGCCGUACAAGUGUGGGACUUGUGGGAAAAGUUUCAGCCAGAGCACGCACCUUAUGCAACACCAGAGAAUUCAUACUGGAGAGAAACCCUACACCUGUCUCACUUGUGGGAGAUGCUUUACUUGCAGCGCACAUCUUGUGGUCCAUAAAAGAACCCACAAAGAGGGAGAGGCCCCCAAAACAUAGAUAUCUUCUGGUUGGGGUGGACAGAGCAGGGAGAUCAUAUUGCUGUAUAUACUCAUGCAUAAGUCAACUGAAAAGUUUCUAUCUAUUUCUACUGGGUGGAAGCCAUCAAUGCUGAGUUUCCUAAUCCAAAAUGCGUUGUUUUCAAGAAUGCUUGCCAUGGGGCUACCCUGUGUGGUUUCAGUCCCUUACGAGGAGCCCACAUUACCUCUGAACUUGGGUGGAGGCCUUGGAUGGUAGCUAUUGGGAGAACAAGACAGAAAGGCCCCUUAUUGUACAACUGAUCCUCAGGUUUCGCUGGCUUGUUCACCUCCAUUUUCAUUUAUUGCAGGGAGGGAAGAAAAAGCAACAAAUCAAAGCAUAGCAGAUUUCUUUUUUAAAAGUGCUUUUAAAAAUUUCUUAGCAUAUAUACUUGUGUAUAAGUUAACUUAUUGUACAAGCUGAGGGCAAGUUUUGGGGCCAAAAUUAUGGAUUUUUAUUUUUAUUUAUUGUGUCAGAAGCGAACCGGGGGUACAGUUGUAAUGUAUUUUAAAACAUUAAAACUUGGCAUUAUACUAAAUGUCCUUUGACUAGUUAGCUGACCACUUGGAGUGCCUCUGGUGUUGCUAUAAGAAGGUUCUCCAUUGUGCAUGUGGCAGGGCUCAGGCUGCAUUGAAGUAAUAUAAUAAUAAUAAUAAAACUUUAUUUAUACCCCGCCACCAUCUCCCCAACGGGGACUCGGAGUGGCUUACAUGGGGCCAUGCCCAAAACAAUACAAUAUAAACAGCAUAUAAAAGAACAACACAUCACAAUACAAUAAGCAAUACAAUAAAUAAUAAUAUCCAUUACAAAAUAAAACAAGGAGACAAUGAAAAACAAGGGCAGACCACAUGAUCAUUAAGUUAAAAACUCGUCCCAUUUGUUGUCCCAUUUCUUAAGGUUGGCUGUUCAGUACCUUCCAAGUUGCCCAGUCUUCUGUGUGACCAGGAGGGAGUUUCUCAUGCAAUAUCAACCACUGAUUGAGGUUCCGGGUUUUAGCCUGCCACUUUUGGACUCUUGCUUGCUGAGAUUUUCCUGCAAGUAUCUCUGAAGAUUUUAGAACUCUAUUUCUUGAUUUAACGAGUUGGCUUGCUGGCUGAUAUCUGAACAGGGGAUGGGCCAGAGAUGUCAAUGCCUUGGUCCUUUCAUUACAGGCUGCUACUUCCCGGCAGAUGUCAGGUGGUGCAAUACUAGCUAAACGGUAUAAUUUCUGUAGUGGUGUAGGUGUAGUCAUGCUGUGAUAAUGUGCCAUGUCUCAUUAAGAGCCAUAUCCAUUGUUUUAACAGUGAGAUGUGUUCCGCAUUAGGCAUGCGUAUUCAGCAGCAGAGCAGCAAAGCACAAUGGCAAAUGUCUUCACUGUGUCUGGAUUUUUAUAUGACUCAUAGAUAAGCCAAGGGUCAUUCUGUGGAGAGGGAAAAGCAGCAAUGCCAUUUCAGGAGGUCUGGUGCCAGUGGCUGCUGGUGCCAUUUUCUAACCAAGACAUUCAGAAAGACCACUAGUGGCAUCAUAGGAGAAAGAGUAUAGGGAGUUGGUCUUUCACUUACAUUUUCCCAGAAUGAACUAAGCUCUUGCCUUUCACCACUCACCUCAGAGAAGGGGAUAGCUCUUUUAAAAAAAUAAAAGUUAAGGUACAGUGUUCACAUUGAUAAGUGGAUACGUAAAUCCAAUUUGGCGGGGGGGGGGGGGGGAAGGGUGUUGACAUUUUGGUUAAAAUUUCUAGACUUAUACAUGAAUAUUUACAGUAUCAGCUGAGCCUGAAAUGAACCCAUGCAAAAAAAGAAACGAAGUGUUCUAUGCAGUGCCUAAACCAAACUGAAUAUAAUUAGAACCCAAUUGAGAGGGCAGCAUAAGCAAACAAAUCAACUAAGAACUGUUCUUAUUGUGAAUGAAAAUAAUUUUUCAAGCCACUAGGAGAAAGCCAUACAGCCUUCAGACCAUGAGAAUAAGAAUCAGCAUGUUCUUGUGGCCUGCUGCACCUAAAUCUAAGACAAGAAUAUUUUAAGUGUCAACAUCCCUGGAGAAUGCUUUCCCACCUUUCUACUUUCUGGUAUGAUAAGAGAGAAAUGGAAGCUGAAAAGACUGGAACUUGAAUGAGUUCAGCAUAGUGGACGCCAUGCAGGGUCAGCCCUGGUUAGUAUUUGGAAGGCAGACUGCCAAUACAUAACAUUUUUCAUAAGAAGGAAGCGAUAAAAUCGCCUCUAAGUAUUCUCUGUCUAAGAAACCCCUAUGAAAUUCAUGGGGUUUGCUAUUGAGAGGUAAUGAAAGGCACAUAUGCAAACACGCACAGUGAUGUGGGAAUGCGUAAAAUAGGUGCAAGGUCAACAUGUAAUUUUGAGCAAAAGCCAUGGCACCUGGGUCUAGAGGUGAAAAAAGACCAGCAGGGAGAAAAUUCAUAUGAAAUUACAAUAAUUGGUGCAGAAGUAAAGGAAAUUCAUGCAUUAAUGUUUGUAGUUCCUUUGUAAUAAAUAGAUAUGAGUUUG